AUGGAUGAAAUCAUGAUGAUGAAUAGAAACGACACAUUCAUUUCGACUGAGAAUCAAACAGCAAGCCAAAGUCACGGGGGUCCGGAGGUUAUUAUUGUCCCUGUCAUUUUUGGAUUUAUAUUUCUCUUGGGUAUCAUAGGCAACACUCUGGUUAUGGUCGUUAUCGGGAGAAUCAAGUCCAGGCGCUCCAGAAGUACCACCAAUGUCUUUAUUCUCAAUCUCAGUAUAGCGGACUUGUCGUUUCUUAUUUUCUGUGUCCCUUUCCAAGCCACUAUUUACUCCCUCCCUGAGUGGGUGUUCGGUGCCUUUCUGUGCAAAUUCGUGCACUACUUUGUGACGGUGAGCAUGCUCGUGAGCAUCUUCACCCUCGUGGCCAUGUCGGUGGACCGCUACAUCGCUGUAGUUCACUCAAAAAAGUCCCCGUGGAUUCGCAGUAAGAAGAACGCGUUCGUCGGAGUCUGCGUUAUUUGGUUGCUGUCGUUUGUGUUUGCUGUGCCUGUGGCUCAACAUCAGACGUUACUUGAACACCAAGGCGCUCCCAACAGUUCGUUUUGCUGGGAGGUAUGGUCCGAGAAGGUGUCCAAACAUACUUACAAAGUGACAAUAUUGAUAAUUGGUUAUUUUCUACCUUUGGUUUUGAUCACAUGCUGUUAUACAAAGGUUCUGCAGCAUCUCCAUAAAAAGAUAAAAAACAUGUCCAAGAAAUCUGAACGCUCAAAGAGAAAGACGGCUCAGACUGUGUUGCUGGUGGUGGCUGCCUUCCUCAUCUGCUGGAUGCCCCAUCACGUCAUCGCCAUGUGGGUGGAGUUUGGCGCCUUCCCCCUGAACGACGCCUCCUUCGCCUUCCGCAUCGUCUCGCACUGCCUGGCCUACGGAAACUCCUGCGUGAACCCCAUCCUCUACGCCUUCCUGUCCGAGAACUUCCGCAAGGCCUGCCGACAGGCCUUCGCCUGCGGCCUCCUCUUCCCUCCCCCGCCCGUGGAGAAGGUCGUCCGCAUCCGCCUGGAGAACUUCUCCACCACCCACUCCACCACCAACGUGUAGCGCAGCCGUGGACCAAGCGAGCGGGAAGACUUCGUCCCCCCCAUCGAAUCUAGACGUGGAGAGGGCUGUAAAUCUGGGACUGAGAGAUGUUUUGACACGAACAGAUUUAGCCCCGAUAUCGCUCAGAUUUCACCUGGAUGUAGCCUGGGUCCGUCCUAGUCAGCUAGAAACCUUUUCGUUAUUGAACCUAAUGCCGAAUACGUUUUCACCUGAACGUCUCUCAGUCCAAGAUUCACAGGCCCCUAGAUUCCGUCUUUUGCUCACUUUUUGCAAAAGCACAUUUUUCAUUUCUUUGCACCCGUCAUCAGCAUCUAAACAUUGGUGAUGUUCUUUUAUCUGACUUCAUGAGCUCCAUGGCAGUGUCUGCCAGUACAGAG